GUUGUUAUCUUUUUUUUUCUUUUUCUUAUUGGUUCAUUUUGUGUUUACCAAUUUUAGCUUUUAUUUUCUGUAUAAUAAGUCGAUACAAUAUCUUACCAUUUUUUUAUUUAACUCGAAGGAGAGCCUACAACUGGUUGAUCGUUUACAGCCAACAUGCGUAAGGUACCAGUCCACACCUAGUUGCAAUAGUAGUCCAAACAGAAAAAUUGAAACCACAUUCAAAAAAUUAAAUGGUUUCUUGAUUCAGUAGUAGCAUUGCAUAAGAUAUAAGCCUAAGAUUGUAUAAAAUCACAAUAUAAAUAACUCUCUUUAUUAAUCUCUCUUAAAGAAACACUCAAAAAUCUUAAGCUUUUCAAACACAAUCUCUAAAACUCUCAAAGGUAUGCAACACUCUUGCAACUUUUUAUAUAGAGAUUAUAUUUUCUAAAUUCAUUCGAAAACUAACCAUCUUAAUCCUUACUCAAUUAUGAUUGGUGUAACUUGGAUUCAAGUUAACUUCAUGUUUAUCUCCAACAUAAGAAACAUGUUUAUCUCCAACAUAAGAAACAAGCCGGCUCACUUACAUACCUCAAGCAGUCAUUAUAUCCCUUGCUGGGCACCUAUUCAACAUAAAAACCAAGUCAAAAAGUUGACUUGGAAUUACAUAAGAGGUCUAAUGACCCACCAAGGCACCGCUGGCAUAUAUCCCUUGACUUUGCUGUAAAUUACCCAUGUGGAGUAGCAGUUGCAGAUUUUUCUAUCCACCUCCCAUUCAUAAUAAUCGGGCUAUUGAGUUAUAUAGUCAAUGUUGUCAAGUGUAUUUUUUAUGGAUAGUUGAUUCUCUGAUCUAUCAGGUGGAAGGCGUCACUGUCCUUCGCUAGAUAGAAGCAAAGUGUUGGUGUGGAUGCGAUUCCUAGUGUUACCGAACCAUUUGAAAGGAAACAUUGAAGACUACCAAAAUAUGACCAAUGGUCAGUCCAGAACCUACUGCCGACCCCUUAGUUUUAUCCAUAGAAACAUCUCAUGCCGCAACUAAAGUAACUUGUUCGCUAGCCAAGAAUGAGACUUGUUUCGUUUCAUGAUCCAAAAGUUGUUGAGUCUACCUUGGAGGACCACUUGCUUAAACCAUGCUACCCAUACCCUUCCCUGAAGAAGAGUAGACAAACAGGCUUUAGACAAUACUGAAUACACUUUAUAUUCCAAAUUUCCUUUUUUUAAUUCCCAAACCACCUUGCUCCGCUGGCCGAGUUACUGAUUCCCAGGAGGAUCUCGUUGAAUGGUGACUGUCAAUAUCACCUUUUCAAAAGGAACACAGUACAUAGAGAAUUAAUGCGUUUGAUACAAGAUUUUGGUAUAGGAUGAAAGAAGCACACUAGAACGUUGAGAGGCCCACAAUCACUAUUUUAAUUAGCAAAAGACGACUUGAGGAUGGUAAGGUUUUGACACUUCAAGCACAGAACGGGAUCUUGACUUUAUGAAGUAAAUGCUCACAAUUAAAUAAGCUCAGUUGUUAUUAUAAAGUGGGACUUCCACGUAACGAACCACAAGGCAUGCCCGUAGAUACCUGAAUUACAGCUAUUUCAGAGUCAGACAAAUCAGAAGCAAAGAAUCUUGAAUCCUGCCUACUAAGCGCUAGACCAGAGUGUAACUCAAAUUCAUGAAGCACAGUACGUACAUUUUGCGCCGACGGCAAUGAACGAUCAACAUUGUAGAAGAUACCAAAUAAUAGCUCACUCUCUGUUGAGGUGGGUAUGAAUGAAACAUCAGCAGCCGCUGCCCAUAAGUGAUUCUCACUUUCAAAUGGGUGUGACUUAUAUUUCCAUUCAAACUAAUGAUUUAACAAUUCAGAAAUAAGAAAAUAAUUUGAUUGAUCCAAUUAUAUGUAUCGAAUUGGUUUAGUCAACUAAAGGAAAUAAUAAUUUAAGAUUACGUAAACAAAUGACAUUACUGCAUUCCAGACUCCAGUUUUUAUUAGAAAAAACAUUCCAUACUCCAUUAAUAACAAACACAAAGCAAGACUAACAAAACAAUUGUGUCAACUUAAAACACACACAAGACUAUUAGUUGAAACAUUUGUUCGACUUUCUGAAACAUUUUUUUCUUAAUAUUUUUUUUAAAAAACCUUUAUAAAAAGAUAUACACAUAUAGAGAUUAUGAAAAAUUUCUCUUAGUAUUUAUAUUUUAUGGUUAUAAUUAAAAUUCUGUUAAGAUUUUUUUUCUUUUUGAAAAUUUAAACCGCAAUACGGAAGUUUCAUAUUUUAGAAAAAAUCAUAAUUUGGGAAGCGUAAAAAAUAAAUAAAAUUGGUGAAAGAAAAUAUGAGAGAGAAAUAUAAUUAAAUAAUUUAGAAAAUUGACAAAGAAAUAAUAGAAAAGAAACAAAUAAAGGUGGCAAGCAUGUAUAUAUAGUUAAGAGAUUGAUUGUUAAGUGCAUUAGCAAUUUAAGAGCUGUUGCUUCACCAUUAUCGGCUGGAUUAGCUUGAUUCUUAAUUUCUCUUCUCUCUGAAUUAAUUUAUACCAAAACCCUAAUUUUUAAAAAUUGUUUCAACAGAAGAACAACUUAUAAAACCAGUUGUCCCUUCCAUGGCUUCUUCUUCUUCUUGAGUUUGGGAAGAGAACGUGUCAAAGUGAAAAGAGGUACCUUUCAAAUUCGAAUAUUCUAAGAAACCCCACGUUCUUGCUCGCGAUAUUAUUCCCUCAAUUUAAUUUAUCGUUUGUUUCUUUUUGCCGUAAUUGUUUUUGUUUGUUUGUUUGUUUGCAAUCGUAAUGUAAAUAAAUCUGAAAUCACGUUUGGGUUUAGUGUUUGGCGUGCUCUCUACGGAUUUAAUGUUGAUUCUUAAGAAAUAAGUUAAUGUGGAUUAAAAGGUAACGUAUAUGAGAGGGUUUUGAGGUUUCAUACGUUAGUUUUCUGCCAAAUCAGAGGAACAAAUCCAGCAACGUUUCAAAAACACUACUUGUAAAACGUAUGUUCUUUUCAAUUUGAUUCUAUUUUAGGAGUAAAUAUAUUUGUCCUUUGUUCUUCAUUUUUUAUUUCUCUUUUAAAUUGGAUAUGCUUCUAUUUUCUUCCUGUGUUUCUAUAUUUGUCUCUUCUGUGUUCUGCCAUUGAUUUAGGCACUGGGUAUUUUUAAUGCUUAUCUUUGUUUUUGUUGAUGAGCUAAUCAUUAACCUAAUAAGUCAUCAUUUGAAUUCGUUGAAAACAAAAUUUUAUUGUUCCCACAAAAUUCUUCUGAGGAAGUCUUUGGAGUCUUUAUAUUUAGACUGAUUCAUCUUCUUUUAUAUAUAAACAAUUAUAUAUAAGCCAAGAUGGAUCAGAUGUCACCUGAUAACAUCAAUGGACUCAUUUUAGCAGUCUCUUCAAGUAUUUUCAUUGGAUCUAGCUUCAUCAUCAAGAAGAAAGGUCUCAAGAAGGCCGGUGCAAGCGGUGUCCGAGCAGGUGAAGGAGGGCACGGUUACUUAUCUGAACCAUGGUGGUGGGCUGGAAUGAUAACAAUGAUUGUUGGGGAAGUAGCCAAUUUUGCAGCCUAUGCAUUUGCACCAGCUAUUCUAGUAACACCUUUGGGAGCUCUAAGUAUUAUAUUCAGCGCAGUGCUCGCGCAUUUUAUUUUGAAAGAGAAACUGCAUAUAUUUGGAGUGCUUGGUUGUGUUCUUUGUGUUGUUGGGUCUGUAACGAUAGUCUUACACGCCCCUCACGAGCAGGAAAUAGAAUCAGUCAAGCAAGUUUGGAAGCUUGCUAUUGAACCAAGUUUUCUUGUGUAUGCUGCUGUGAUUUUGUUUGCGGUGCUUGUACUGAUCUUCUACUGUGAACCGCGCUAUGGGAAGACUCAUUUGAUAGUAUAUGUUGGAAUCUGUUCUUUAAUGGGUUCUCUUACUGUUAUGAGUGUUAAAGCUGUGGCCAUUGCCAUAAAGCUGACAUUCUCAGGGAUGAAUCAGUUCAAAUACUUCCACGCUUGGAUUUUCAUUCUAGUAGUCGCUAUUUGUUGCCUUUUGCAAAUCAAUUACUUGAACAAGGCAUUGGAUACAUUCAACACAGCGGUCAUUUCUCCGGUUUACUACGUCAUGUUCACAACUUUCACCAUUAUUGCUAGUAUGAUCAUGUUCAAGGAUUGGGCUUCUCAGAGUGGAUUAAAGAUCGCGACAGAACUGUGCGGGUUUGUAACCAUUUUGUCAGGGACGUUUCUGCUUCAUAAGACAAAAGAUAUGGGAAACAGUGCAAGUGGUCGUGGAUCUGUCACUCUGCCUAGUAACACUCCUGUUUUCACCAACUCAGGAUCUGGUCGGAGCUCCAGCUCGGAAAAAAUACCCACCUGAGAGAUUUUUUUGAUCAUCCAACGGUUUGAUCUAACGGUCCAGAUUCUUCCCUGUACGUAAACACGAGCACCUGAAAAAGAAAUUAGCCUCAAAGCACAAGGAUGUGAGUGUUGGUAUGGUGAUGAUUUUGUUAGGAAUCUUUGACUGGUUGCUUUUUCUUAUUAUUUUGUUUCACACAUGGUGAUAAUGUAAUUUUACGACUAAAAAUAAAUUAAGAACAAAAAUAUUCAUAA